AUGUCCAGGCCGCUUGAGCCUCCCGUGACUAAAGCCACACUAAGCGAGCUCGACGUAACCAAAAUCAUUCACAACCCUAAGCUUCGCCACGAUAUUAAUUACGAUCCCGAUCUGCAUUUCCGUCCUAACCUAGAGGGAGAAAAGGGAAGGAGGAAGCAAGAGCGCGCUAACCUGUUCUGGAAUGCUCUCCUAGAGCAGCUCAACGAGUUCGUCAUGGACCGGCCUAGUUUCGAGGCGAAGCACGGAAAGGGUGACGAUUGGUGCCUUCCGGCCCUUCUCAGAGCUGUUAAAGAGAUUAUCCAAACCUUGGUGCCCCAGCGUGACCGGGUAUAUCUUGACGAGGGCCUAAAUGUGGACCUGCUCAUGCAACAGUUCAACAUGGGUGUUGCCGAUUUAGAGAAACUAGCCCUUUGGCUUUCCAAAGUUUUGAAAUCUCAUUGCGCACCGAUGCGCGACGAAUGGGUUGACGAGAUGUACAACGAACUCAGCAACGGUAACCGGAACAAUGACAUGGGCGAGCUCGUCAAAGGCAUGAGGAGUUUGCUAAGCGUCUUGGAGGCUAUGAAGUUGGAUGUCGCAAACCACCAGAUAAGAUGUCUCCGUCCGGCGCUGAUUGAGGACACGGUCAACUUUGAACAGCGCUUUUUCGCGAAAAAUGGCGGCCGGCAAAGUCGAAACCGACUCUGCCAAGAUUUGAAGACCCUGCCAAACACUUUUCUCUUUGACGAAGAGCGCAUCAUGAAGCUUCGAUCUGACAUGAUGGACGCUAUCAACUUGGACAUCUGCAUGAAGGCGUUUGAGGAAAUGGAGUCGGGAUACGGCGCUCUUUUCCUGUCUUCGGCCUUGCAGGGGUUGACGGACCAGAUGAGGCCGGGCUCUCCCGACUCCGUCUUUAGUGGAUGUGCGUCAACCUGCUCGUCGCGCCCUUCUAGCCUCGUCUUCAGCACCGCCGGCUCCGCAAGCUCCUCUCCGCGCACCUCUCUUGUGCUUCCCACGCCGACGGCCGCAGACAACGCUCGCUCCAGGGCCAAGGCGAACGAGCUCUAUAGCUCGCUUGUCUCCCUCUUGCAGACGGCCCCAUCCACCGCUAAGCCGGCCGCCCGCUGGAAGGCUAUUGCUCCGUCGAUGGCUCUGCAAGUUUUCCGUUACACGAACGCCCCGCAGCACGCUCUACCGGUACUCGAGGCAAAUAUUGCUUCUCUGAUCAAUGAUGUCCACGGCGCCAAAUACAGGGAAGUGGAGGAGAAAUUCCUCGGCAGGCUUUCUAAUGAGCUCGCCUCGCGUGUUAAGCAGUUCCGGGGCUUGUCCGGUGUUAGCUUGUUCGGCAUCGCAUCUGGCAGCCGGCCCAAUAACUCGUAUGGCUAUCAAGAGCGUGACCGGGAGGAAAGCUCUCGGGAAACCCGAGAGGACGGGAGCCUUGAAGACAUUGCGGUCCGCCUCGCGCAUCUCGGAAUCAUCCACUGGAGGGUCUGGUCAAGCCUGGUGUACUCGGAGGAUGUCGAGAUGACAACGGAACCCGACCAGAUUUGA